GGAUUGAUAUUAGCAUAUUCAAUCAUGUAUCCCAAGAGACUGAGCCACUCGAGUUGUGGAGAAAAUUGGAGGGUCUUUAUGAGAGAAAGACUGCUCAUAACAAGGCCUCGUUGAUUAAGAGGCUUGUUAGUCUCAAGUUGAAGCCGGGAAAAUCUGUUUCUGAGCAUCUUAGUGAUUUUCAAGAUAUCAUUAACAAGUUGACUGUGAUGAAAAUUGUUUUUGAUGAUGAGUUGCAGGCUUUAUUCCUAUUGAGUUCUUUGCCAGAUAGUUGGGAGACUUUGGUUGUGUCUAUCAGCAACUCAGCUCCAGAUGGUGUGCUUUCAUUGGAUGUCAUUAAAGAGAGCAUGUUCAAUGAAGAGCUUAGAAGAAAGGAGAUGGGUGUUGACAUUUCACAAGCACUUGUGGUAGAGAAUAGAGGAAGAAGCAAAAGCAGAGGUCCCAAGGGGCGUGGCAAGUCAAAGUACAGGUCCAAGUCCAAGGAUGGGAGAGAGCCCACGAUAUGUCACUAUUGUAGCAAACCUGGCCAUAUUCAAAAGUUUUGCUAUAAGAUGAAAAGAGACCAGCAAAAGAAGAAAAAUUAUCAUCACAAAGAGGGUGAUGACAAGAAUACAACGGCGACAGCUUCUACUUCAGAUGAUGGUGUUUCAUUGGUUUGUACUGCAGGUGAUUGUUGUCAUGUUGAUAAUUCUGAUUCUGAAUGGCUUGUUGAUACGGGGGCUUCUUAUCAUUGUGUUCCUCAUAAGGAGUACUUUAUUGACUACCGAGUUGGAGAUUUUGGUAGUGUGAAGAUGGGAAACCAGAGUUCAGCAGGUAUUGUUGGAAUUGGAGAUAUUCGGGUUCAAAAUGGGAAUGGUUUUAAGGAACGGAGGGAGUAUUACUCUGGUAGUUUUUUUAAAUUAGAAGUUUUUAUUCCAGUUUUGAAUAUUCAAAUUAGGUUUAAGCACUUGAAUUUAGUUUUAAUAUUUAGUCCUAAUUUUUCUCUUUUGAGUUGUGGAAUUUGUUUUAAGCCAAGUAUGUGAUUAUAAUCCCAAAUCUAGAAGAUCUAAUGAGAUCUAACCAUCCCAAAAUUUGAAGAUCUAAUCUAAUCGGGAUUUGCUAGGUAUACCUCAAGGUGGUGUACCCCAAGUGUACAAUACCUUUUCACAGACACACGCAAACACUCAUUGUCUGUGUGAAAGUGGUUGAAACACAGACAAUGAGUGUCUAUGUAUGUCUGUGAGAAGAUGAUGUACACUUGGGAUACACUUAAGUUUUAACGGUCCUAAGAUAUGUUAUACAAAAGGGAAUUAAAAUUUGUAAAUUUUG